AUGGCCCGCGAAGAGCACGCACGAUACGAAUACCCCGUCGACAUCGAAAACAACACGCCUGUCUCAGAGAUCCUCGUCCCGAAUUUCGUCCCAAAACCCGACAAACCGAAUCCGCUCGCCCUGUUCCCCAACCCUCUGGAAAAGCUGCCGUCUGAAGCCCUUGAGAAGGUCGCGGUACCGGUAUUGGACGAGAAGGGCGACGCUGUCCAGCCCCGACAAUACACGUCUAUCCGGAAUCAGGCGAUCGAAGACGAUGCGCUCGUGCACCUCACCAGCGCCCAAGCCGCCGGUUGGAGAGCCAGACGGAAAAUGUACCAUCAUCGCGAGGCCCAAAGGCGCACUCAGCGCAAGAAUAUCCUCGCUAUUCGCCGCUGGAUCCACAUCGACCCGGUCCUUUUAUACCAAAAAUCACGGGCAAUGUCGGAGUUCCUCGACAGGGGCCGCAUGGCCGGCGCCCCGGGCCUCAAGGUCAAUGACUGGUUCCGCCAGUGGGUGUCGGGCAUACGACAGCACACAACGACUUGA